GCAGAGUUCAGAGGUCGAAGGAUGCGCCUUCAUUGACAACAUUGCUCUGCAGCCGCGAGCACGUGUGCUGUGCUGUGCUGUGCUCUGUUGGCUGUGCUGUGUGCGGUGCGCGUCUCCGACUCUCUCUCAACCAGCUAGAACGCGCGCGCACUCUGCCAAUCGCGCCCGGUCCUACCAUUCAAUAUGCGAAUAUUGAUUUUCUCAGCAAUAUCUGACUCCAAGAACGAUUAGAAUCUGACUUUCCAAAAAACUGUAAAGCAUAAUGAUACUGCAAAAUACUUCAUGUGUAGUACUUGCGGGAAAUUUUUAAUCACCGGCUCCAAAUAGUGACUAGUUAAUCAAUAGAUAAAUCAGUAGUUAUGGGUGAAUGUUUGUGGUUCUAAUAUCAAAGGAAAUUUUUAAAAAUUUUACAUGCCGACUGUUAAUCAUCAAUCAUAAAAACAUUAUAAAUAUAUUUUCUUGAUAAGUUUCAUUUUUGCAAGUUGCCAUAACUAUUGAGGGAAAUCAAUUCCAUGUGAGGAUUAAGAAUUUUGUGCUCCAGACUUUCAGUAACUAAACAUUGUGUGAGAAAGAGGUAGGGACAUUUACCGAUUUAGAGCAUCAAGUUUGAUAACUGCAUACGAAUACCAUUUUGUGUUGUUGAGGAAAUUUGAAAAAAAUUCAUCUGGAAAACGUGACUGGGGAUCAUACAGUUUGCAAUUCAAAAAACCGGGAAUGAAGAUUUUCGCUCUAAACAGCUGAGGAUUCUAUUGGAGAAACGUGAAGAUUGUUGGAAGUAUUGGAAACCUCGAAUUGAAAACUGUUGACUGAAAAGAUUUUGUGGACGAGAGGAGUUGACAGAACGACGCUGACAGCUCCAUGGAUUGGAGAUUUUAAUGGUGGUAUAGGUGCCAAGGGGGCAAUGGCGGCUGGGCCCCCCCCUGGACCCCCUCGAUGGUGGGGCCAACCACCAGCCUCCCAGCCCCCUCCCCCUCCUGCAUCAGCUGACGUUAUGAACCAGCUGUGUCGAGUAUGUGGCGAACCAGCAGCUGGUUUUCAUUUCGGAGCUUUCACAUGUGAGGGAUGCAAGUCUUUCUUUGGAAGAACCUACAACAAUCUGAGCUCGAUAUCAGAGUGCAAGAACAACGGCGAGUGCGUGAUCAACAAGAAGAACCGGACGUCGUGCAAGGCAUGCCGACUGCGCAAGUGCCUGCUGGUCGGAAUGUCCAAGAGCGGAUCGCGCUACGGCCGCAGGUCCAACUGGUUCAAGAUACACUGUCUACUACAGGAGCAACAGCAGAGUCAUCAUGCGUCGGGAGUGAAGCAGGCCAAAGUUUGGGAAGGUGUGCAGUUUCCCGGCAAGCACAUACAAGAUGUGGAUAACAAUAAUUCGCUAGUGUCGAAGGAUGUGAAGGAUCAGAGAUCGGUGUCACCGAGUUACAUGAAUAGGGGGUUGAGUUCGGCCGGGGAGGCGGCUGCUGCCCUGUGGGCCGCUAGGACGUCACUCCUGCCCCUCCACCCACAUCAUCCUGGCCUCCCCUUCCUCGCACCACAAUUCCUUCACGCUGGUUCCUUCCACCAAGCACCUCCCUCACCAAAUUUCCUCAUUCCGUUCAUCCCCACAACCCAACCCACACCUCAACCUCCACUCGUCUCUGCACAAUCAUCAGAAUCGUCAUCCUCGUCAUCACCAUCUCCUCCACCAGAGCAGCACAACACAUUUGACAAGUCAACGGGUACCGAAGUAUUCAGCUACGACAAAUCCCUGACUAUUCUCAGGUCUCUGGGUCCUGUCCAGGACAAACCCAUGGACCUGUCCAUCAGCUCGUCGAGACAAGCGAACAGUGAACGAGAAGACAUUAGUGAUGAAUCAAGCAACGAAGAAACUGUUCCUCAACUUAACGAACUGAUAUAUUUCUCUUGUAGAUGAUUACUGAAAUUCCAAAUGUGAAGAAUUUUAUUGCAGUCCUUCCUUAUUCAGUAUACAGUAAAGUCUAAAGGCGAUUGAUUCAAUUAAGUUUUGAAACUUUAUUAGUUUCAAGUUUUGGGAAUUCAAUUAAACAUGGAAUCAAUUGAAUAAACAUUUCAAACAAUAUUUCAAUAGAAAUGAUUCUAUAAUCAAUAUUUUUACUAAGCAAAUUUUCCUCUUGAAAUUCAUUUGCUUGAUUGGAAUCUUCAGCACUUACUUAGAAAUUGAUAUUCAAAUUCGUUUAUUAAUUCAUACUAGUUGGAAGCUCUGCAAUGUAAAUCUGAGAAUUUUUUUCAAAAUAGACUUAUUGCUGUAGUAUAUGAGUUUAGGGUUCAAUAUAAAUAAGAAAAAAUAAUUUGUUCGAACUAGAUGCGAAAUUGCAAAAAUGAAUUCUGGUCUAGAAAAGAUUGAAGGAGAACUUUAUAAAUCGAGAUAAUUAUUAUUUUCACAAAUGGUUGUGAUUCCAAAGUUCUCUACUUUUUCGAUAGAAGUUAACUCACGAAUCUUCAUUUCACCUUGCCUGUUGAUUCUGAAAUUGGAUUCAUCAUAUUGUACAUAACGAUUGUAAAUAAAUAUUAAAUUUAUCGAAUGGUCUUUAUUGAUGAAAAUAAAUUUUAAGCUCAUUCACAGCAUACAUUAUUCCACUGCUGAAUUAUAUUAUUCAAUUGAGUCAUUUGACACGUAAUCUUGUCUGAAAAGCACUUGAUAUCGUCUGUAGGCCUACCUAUAUUUUUAGAAUCAUUUAUUAUCCAGCUCAUUCUCAAUAUGAUUGAAUAAAUGUGCCAUUGUUUUCCA